AUGGUUUUAAUGACGAUGAUAGCAAGGUUGUCCGAUGGACUUCCAUUAGCAGCGACUAUGCAAGAUGAUGAGCAAUCGGGAAGAAACACUCUUGAAUAUCAAAAUCAAGCCAAGAUGUUAUUUAAAAGGUUGACAGCACAGAGCCCAUCUCAGUGCACUAUUGAAACUGGCCUUUACUUAUUCCAUUAUCUGAUUGAGAAAGAUGUUUGCUAUCUUGUUCUCUGUGAAAGGAAUUUUUCAAAAAGGAUUGCUUUCUCAUACCUUGAAGAUAUUGCCCAGGAAUUUUAUUCACAAUAUGGGAGGAAAGUAAAUACAGUUUCAAGACCUUAUUCUUUAAUUGAAUUUGAUACAUACAUCCAGAAAGCAAAAAAGAUGUUUACUGAUUCUAGGGUUAGAAGAAAUUUGACAUCACUAAAUAGUGAAUUGCAAGACGUGCAAAGAAUAAUGGUUCAAAAUAUUGAUGAUGUGCUACAAAGAGGAGCUGUCCUGUCUGAAUUAGAUUCAAAAGCUCAAAAUUUAUCUAUGCUUUCUCAGAAGUAUAAGAAAGAUGCUACUUAUUUAAAUAUGAAGUCAAUCUAUGCAAAAGCUGCUGCUGGCUUUGUUGUUGUUUUUGUUUUUGUUAUGUAUUUUUGGAUUUUGUAAUUGGAUCUAAAAUAGUAUUCACUAUGAUGUAUGAUUUGUUAUAUAUAAUUUAUAUUUGUACAGAAAUAUAUAAAGACAUAUAUAUAUAUUGUAAAUUAAAAACAUUUUUAGAAUACAAUUGUUUGAUUAAAAAAUUAACCAUCAACUGAUUAAGUUAAAUGUAAUCAUCUGUUAAUGAUUUUUUUGUUAUAAUUUAAGACAUUCAGCAUAUCUAUGCUGCAGAAAUAGAUAAGUAAAAUUAAAAUGUAGAAUGGUAGAGAGAAAACAUGCACUUGAGAGCAUAAUAAAAUAUAUCUUAUAAGGAUAUAUCAUAUCCUAUGAGGAUAUUAUUUUCUAAACAGUUCCUCAAAUGGACUGCAGUUUUAUGGUGUUAUUUGAAAAUAACUGCCAUCAAUAAGGGCGAAAAUGGCCAAAUUUCAUACACAGUUCAACUUAAGAAACUCCUUUAGGAUAAGUGAUAUUUUAAUGUAUCAGUUAUUUUUCUUACAUUUUCAGCUUAUGCGUGCGAUUGGAAACAAUGUCAUAAUCCCCGUAUUUAUUUUCAUACAAAAUCACAUAUUUAAAUGGUGGAAUGAGUAUACCCAGGAUGAUAAACCUUACAAAAAUGUUUAUUUAAUUGUUUUUUUGACCAAAUUGACUCAUGUCAAAGAAAAAUGUAUACUGAAAUGAAAAAAUUAAAGAAUUUUAACUUUUUUUAAUUAUCAUGUUAUACUGUAAUAUAAAUUGCACACAAAUUUACAUACAAAAUUAUAAAUAAUCUUUUAAACUAGAAUUGCAAUGAUAAG